AUGCUUCGAGGUCUUCAGGUCACUAUAGAUUCCAGAAACUUCCCCGAUCAAGCGAUGACCACAGUGGGCGACAUAUUCUUUACACGUAUGCUUCAAGCUUCUGAUUUAGAUGGAGUGAAUGAAUGCACAGAAGAAUACGAGGACUCAUUAACUAGACCACUGAAUGAUGAUAAUGGCACGCCAUUAGCUAGAACAUGGAAAGACCAAACUUCAUUCUUAUGCACUAUUCCAGUUCAACGUGAUGGAGCGGGUAUAUUCUUUGAUGGAUUAGAAACUUUCAACUCACAAGUUACAGUACAAGUGAAAGCUUAUCCAAUCAUUCAGGGUGAAAAUGACACUUACUGUUCAAAAGUGACAAAUCCUCCUCAGGUUUGGUUUACUAGGACUACGUAUUGGACAUGGACACCGGAUGAAGGUUUGAAAUAUCAUCCAACAGGUACACCACCACAGUAUAGAAGUUCAUAUGAUGAAAUAUUGAUGAAUAGAAAUGUUUAA